UGCCCCUUUAGGGGGCGGGGCCUCCCACGCGUCUGCGCGGGCGGCCAUGAAGCCGGCGCGCGCCGCCGUGUGGAACGCCAGGGCCGCGCUGCUCUACUCGCUGGGCGCCUGGACCACGCUGGGCGGCCUCAUCUACUACAGCCGCCUGGAGAAAGCCAGCACCGGCACCGGUACCGAGAAUGAAAAUGAUCCUGAGGCAAACCAAGGGGUCCGCAAGGAAGUACACACUAGGGAAUAUCCUUUUGGAUUGACAGUGACAACAGAAAUAACAUACAAAGAGGUUCCGCCUCCUCUUACUCAGCUGCUCAGGCGUGUGGUAUCAUUCUUUGUUCCUAAUGAUGACCCUCCUUCUGAGAAGUGAGCUGUUCAGAAGCUUGGAACGUUGUGCUGGACCUCUGAGAACAUCAUCCCGGUGCCUGGCACCGGCCCACUGCUGGAGCACUGUCCCUUGCAUUGCUGGAACAGCAGCUCAGCCUCGCUGGUGUGAAGUUGCUUUCCCAGCAGGACAAACCCAGGCGAUCCAGGCUGUACCUGGGAUGGCUCCUCAGCUGGGCAGCUCUGAAAUGGAUACUUCAGGAAUGAUGAGUAAAUGGGAAGGAAUGUAGUUUAAUGUUUUGGUUACCGGAGUUCUUAAUGGUCCUUCAAAUAAAAGCUCUUGAGAGAUGA